UCCUUUGCUUGAUUUAAAGCAAUCAAAGGGGAAUCUGAUAACCUCUUUGUAAAGGAUUUUUUCAAAUCUUCUUAAAAUAACACUAAGUAAUCUUUGCAGCUUAUUCUUCUUGUUUUAGUUAAUAGGAUCAUUAGAAGUUGCUUCACGCUGACUGUUUGUAUGAACUAGCACCACAUCAUUGCCUUUUUCCACUGAGAUGAGCACAUUCUGACAACAGGCAAGAACGCUGGAAACCUUCCCUGAGAAUCAGAACAGCAUAAAACUUUGUGAACACACACACACACACACACACACACACACAGACAUGACUCUGUAUCUCCAGUUGUUGAAGACUUCUCUUUAGCUCUGGGCCUGCUCUCUGUACCUACCGCGUGUGAGUUUUGAACCGAAAAUGCCUUAGGCGCAGAUGCUGUGUGUACAGUUGUGUACGGUCUGCUUGUCUGUGUGCAGACCGAUGACUUUGAUGUGUGAGUUUAUGUAUCAUGAAAGCAGCUAUUGAUGGCAAGAGAAACCUGGCUGCAGAGACAGAAUUCCUUCCAAAUCACACAAGUAGAAGAACCUUGUCAGCAGUCUGGUCAUGCAAACACAGUUCCUGUGUGCCUUUCUGCAAAUUCAUGCAUUCCCCACCUGGUUAAGGACAAGAUGAGGAGCCUCCUUCAGUUCUUGGCCCUCUGCGCUGUGGUCUCCCUCUGUGUCUGCUAUGAUUCUAAUGAAAGCAAUGAAUCCCGUGAAGAUUUAUUUGUGCCUCCAAAUCGAGCCAACUCCUUCAUCCAGGGGAGCAGACGUACCACACCCAGAGCAAACCUCUACAACCAGUACUUCUCGAGGAAGUCUCCAGCAGAGAUCCGUGCAGAGACCUGUGAGGACUACUCGCCCUGCCGCUUCUACGCCUACCGCUUUGGCGUCCAACACGCCUACCAGAGAUACUUCGGAGGCCGAAAUCCACCACAGCAGCAGCAGCAGCGCUACAGACCGAUGGGGACUCGUCGGUACUAAAACUUGAGUGUUAGGGCGGCACCCUCGUUACCACAUGUUCCUUCACUCCAAAUUAUAAAGUUUUGUAUAAUUUAUAUAUUUUUCUCAGUUUUGCCAAGAGAGAGAAACCUGGAUAAUACAGGAGUCCAGUGUGGCCUGAAUCCUAUUCUUAUGCUUACAGAUAUUAACAUCUGAUUCCACGUGUAAUCUUAUUUUAGUGUCUUAUUUUUAAGCUGGACAUGCCAGAAGGAAAUGUCUGUUAUAUUAUCCAUCUAUCUUUUUUUUGUUGAAAGAAAUAAAAAUAAAACAUAUUUCUUG